CUCACUGUUAGCUGGCGCGGCCGGCCUCCUCCCUUUCCUGCGGCUGCGGGUGCUCCGAUGGCGACGCCGUCCGCGCCAGCUGAUUGUUCUCCGCCCCUCGUGAUCCUCCUCCUCCUCCUCGUCUUCCUCCCCCUCGCCGUGUCGUGUGGCGAUGACGGCAGCGGCGGGUACGACGUCGUGUCGCUGACCCAGUCGGGGAGCGCUCUGUCGGCGCGGCUGGAGCUUGUGCUUGCCGGCGAGACGCCGGCGGACGCGGCGCUCGGGGCUGGUGCCCAAAGGCUCUGCCUCACUGCAAGCCUCGAGACGGACAGCCGGCUGCGCGUGCGCAUCACCGACGGCGACCGCCCGCGAUGGGAGGUGCCGCAGGACAUCAUCCCGCGCCCGGCGCCGGAGGACGACCUCCACAACGCGCCGCCCGCCUCCUCGACGCCGCUCCAGGGCAGCCGCGUCCUGUCCGCCGCGGGCUCCGACCUCGUCCUCACCGUCCACGCCUCCCCGUUCCGCUUCACCGUGUCCCGCCGCUCCACCGGCGACGUGCUCUUCGACACCGCCCCCGGCCUCGUCUUCCGGGACAAGUACCUGGAGGUGACGUCGGCGCUGCCGGCGGGCCGGGCGUCGCUGUACGGGCUGGGCGAGCAGACGAAGGGCUCGUUCCGGCUGCGGCACAACGACACCUUCACGCUCUGGAACGCCGACAUCGGUGCGGCCCACGUGGACGUCAACCUCUACGGCGCGCACCCCUUCUACAUGGACGUGCGGCCGCCGGGGGCCGCCCACGGCGUGCUCCUGCUCAGCAGCAACGGCAUGGACGUGCUCUACGGCGGGUCCUACGUCACCUACAAGGUCAUCGGCGGCGUCCUCGACUUCUACUUCUUCGCCGGCCCCUCCCCGCUCGCCGUCGUCGACCAGUACACCCAGCUCAUCGGCCGCCCUGCCCCCAUGCCCUAUUGGUCCUUCGGGUUCCACCAGUGCCGGUACGGGUACCUGAACGUGUCUGACCUGGAGCGCGUGGUGGCCGGCUACGCCAAGGCCAGGAUCCCGCUGGAGGUGAUGUGGACGGACAUCGACUACAUGGACGGCUUCAAGGACUUCACCCUGGACCACGUGAACUUCACCGCCGCCGAGCUCCGGCCGUUCGUCGACCGGCUUCACCGCAACGCCCAGAAAUACGUCCUCAUCCUAGACCCAGGGAUCCGCAUCGACGCGACGUACGGGACGUUCGUCCGCGGGAUGCAGCAGGACAUCUUCCUGAAGCGGAACGGCACCAACUUCCUCGGCAACGUGUGGCCCGGCGACGUCUACUUCCCGGACUUCAUGCACCCGCGCGCCGCCGAGUUCUGGGCGCGGGAGAUCUCCCUCUUCCGCCGGACCAUCCCCGUCGACGGGCUGUGGAUCGACAUGAACGAGAUCUCCAACUUCUACAACCCGGAGCCGAUGAACGCGCUCGACGACCCGCCCUACCGGAUCAACAACAACGGCACGCACCGCCCCAUCAAUAACAAGACGGUGCCGGCCUCCGCCGUGCACUACGGCGGCGUCACCGAGUACGACGCGCACAACCUCUUCGGCCUCCUCGAGGCCCGCGCCACGCACCGCGCGCUGCUGAGGGACACCGGCCGCCGCCCCUUCGUGCUCAGCAGGUCCACCUUCGUCGGCUCCGGCCGGUACACGGCGCACUGGACUGGCGACAACGCCGCCACGUGGGGCGACCUCCGCUACUCCAUCAACACCAUGCUCAGCUUCGGCCUGUUCGGCAUGCCCAUGAUCGGCGCCGACAUCUGCGGCUUCAACGGCGACACGACAGAGGAGCUCUGCGGCCGGUGGAUCCAGCUCGGCGCCUUCUACCCGUUCUCGAGGGACCACUCGGCGAUCUUCACCGUCCGGCGAGAGCUGUACCUGUGGCCGUCUGUGGCGGCGUCGGCGAGGAAGGCGCUCGGGCUCCGGUACCAGCUGCUGCCUUACUUCUACACGCUCAUGUACGAGGCGCACACGACGGGGGCGCCCAUCGCGCGGCCGCUCUUCUUCUCCUACCCGCACGACGUCGCCACGUACGGCGUGGACAGGCAGUUCCUGCUCGGCCGCGGCGUGCUCGUCUCGCCGGUGCUCGAGCCGGGCGCCACCACCGUCGACGCCUACUUCCCCGCGGGCCGGUGGUUCAGCCUCUACGACCACUCCCUCACCGUCGCAACGAAGACCGGCGAGCACGUCACGCUCCCGGCGCCGGCCGACACGGUGAACGUGCACGUGGCCGGCGGAACCAUCCUGCCGCUGCAGCAGAGCGCGCUGACGACCUCGCGCGCGCGCCGGACCGCGUUCCACCUCCUGGUCGCGCUCGCUGAGGACGGCACGGCCAGCGGGGACCUUUUCCUGGACGACGGCGAGUCGCCGGAGAUGGGCGGCAGAAGCGAUUGGAGCCUGGUAAGGUUCAGCUGCGCAACGGGGAGCGACGGGUCCAUCAAAGUGAGGUCGGAGGUGGUGCACAACUCGUACGCACAGACCAGGACGCUGGUGAUCAGCAAGGUGGUGCUCAUGGGCCACCGGUCGCCGGCGGCGCCGAAGAAGCUCACCGUCCACGUCAACGGCGCGGAGGUGGAGCCGAGCUCGCCAGCCGGCACACGGUACCAGAACGCAGGAGGACUCGGCGGCGUCGCCCACAUCGGCGGGCUGUCGCUGGUCGUCGGGGAGGAGUUCGAGCUGAAGGUCGCCGUGUCCUAUUGAGAUUUAGGCAAUUUCAGAUUUGGAGCAUAACAUUAAUUGAAUAAAGACGAGAAAUUAAAGUCCAGAUGAAUGGCUUCAAUUCGAAAAUGAGAUAUAAUGGCAUGAUUAUUUUGCUAGUUCAUGAAGAAUUGAUGUUUUUGACGUUGAA